GGCGAGGGCGGCAGUAGAGCGAGCCGCGCCACAGCUGCCACACCACCGCCACGGCAGUGUCAACACGCGGUCGGAAGUGAACAGGGUUUUCUAGACUCAGCGUCUAUAGGCCCUGGCGAGUCCUCACUGAGACCCACUGUACUGGCUAGCAGCAGUGUUAUACUCGUUUUGUGAUACCCUCCGCGACCACAUGGCGGCGGUAAUCGAGGAGUGCCCGGCGAUGGUGCCACAGCCGGUGCCACCUGUCGCCACCACUGACGACGAGGUGGUCACCAGCGACAGCGAGGCGUCUACCGAGACGGUCACCGUGGAGGGCAGCCUGAAGGCGGGGACGGCGGGGCAGCACACUCGCCUGCCUCCCCAGACCUGCAUGCCCCCCGAGCUGGCCGCCAAGCUGGAGCGUCAGGACUCCGACGACAGCGUGGUCAGCAUGGAGGAGGGCAUCCAGGCAGACUCCGGGCCCGAGACGGGUGACUCAGGGGAGAGCAGCCAAGGUAGCAGCGGGGAGCUGGAGCACCGCUCGGAGCGCUCCUCCAGCGUGGUGUCUGAUGGCAGCGAGGAGGGCGGGAGGGACUCGGGCAUCGAGGCGGAGCGGGAGCCCGACAUGGUGGUGCCCGACGAGGACCUGAUGGGACGCAUCGUCGCCCAGGUCGAGUUCUACUUCAGCGACGCCAACGUGGCCAAGGACAAGUUCUUGCUGAAACACAUUAGGCGGAACAAGGAGGGUUACGUGUCCCUCAAGCUGGUAUCCUCCUUCAAGAAGGUGAAGCAGCUCACCAAGGACUGGCGGGUGGUGUCCUACUCGCUCAAAAAGUCCUCAAAGAUCCAGAUCAACGACCUGGGCACCAAGAUCCGUCGGGUGGACCCCCUACCUGACCUGGAGGAGGUGCCCGUCACCUGCGCCGUGCUGGCCCUGGCGCUGCCCCUCAGCAAGCCCAGCAUCCAGUCAGUGUCUGAGCUAUUCUCAUCAUGCGGCGACAUCGCCUUCAUCCGUGUGGUGCGCGCGGGCACCGCCAUCCCGCAGGACCUCAAGGGGCUCGCCGCCAAGCACGCCGCCCUCACCGAGACCCACUGUGCCUGGAUAGAGUUCGAGACACCCGAGGCUGCCAAGGCCGCCACGGAGAUGACCAAGGAGGACGGUCUCAAGGUCGUGCCGAUCCUGCCCGAGGCCCAGAAGAAGCCCGAGAAGACCCAGCAGCAGAAGAGUUCUCAGCCUAACAGCCGCAAGAACAGCGUGUCCAGCAACUCUGGAUACGGCAGUCCCGUCAAGGGCCCUCCGAGCCGCAAGAACAGCUUCGUCAACAACAAGAGCCGCAAGGACAGCGGCCUUGGCCCCGACGUGGAGGUCCCCAUGCAACCCAUGCCCCGCUUCCCCCGCCGCAAGUGUCUCUCACUGCCACAGACACAGUCCCCGAAUCUGAAAGAGCUAUCGGCUGUGGUGGAGGCCCGCAGGAACAGGCCCAAGAGUAAAUCUUGCACCGAGUUCCAGCUGGGGUCACCGCCCCCCACCUCAUGGGUGCAACGUAACCUACUGGCGGCCGCCGCGGCGUCUGCUGCCUCAGCUGCCUCCCCCGUGGUGGGAUCGAGACCCCCAUUCCGUCCAAACCGUGUUUCCCAGGGCUCUCUGCCCGUCCCUGAAGGAGUACUCAGGUUCCCCAAGGGUCCGGACGGCUCCAAGGGCUUCAGUUCUGGAGCACGGCGCCGCACCACCAGCACGGAGGAGGCUGCUCCUGCCCCGACCCCGGCCCCAGCCCCAGCUAGCCCUGCUACCCCUACCGGCGACACCGGCAACAGCAAACCCUCCCCUCCCCCCGCCUCCAAUGACAGCCCGACUCCAGCCCCUGCCCCCACCCCCGCCCCCUCCUCCAACACAAACACCGGCAUCACAUCUGACACCACCACCUCCUCCACCGCCAACAAGAGCGAAAGCAGCAGCAGCAGCAGUGAAAACAGCAGCAGCAGCAGCAGUGAAAACAGCAGCAGCAGCCGCAGUGAUAAAAGCAGCAGCUGCAGUGACGGCAGCUAGAGCGACGGCGACCUGACGAGGACGGCGGCGUGAGGGCCGGGCGCCGUCGUCCCACCGCACCGGCGCCACCUCUCCUUCCCUCCCUAUCCGCGCCGUGCCCGCCCCUGUCUCACGUUCACCCUCGCUUGGGCACGGCCGCGCCCCGCCCCUCACCGCCUGCCUUGCAUCUCCUGACGGAGUCGGAGCCGCGGGGAGCGGGGGGACGCCUUGCUGGUGAUGGGUCUCGCUGGCUAUUGGUGGAUGUCUUCUCACCUUUCAACAAUUUUUUACGAUAUUUUUGUAUAUAUGCAAUAUUUAUACGACGAGUCUCUGUACAUACUGGCUUUUCUCAUUAUUUAUUUAUACUUCUAUUCUUAAGGUGAAAUAGAACGACUUUUAUAGAAA